AGAAAUAUGAAGUUCUGUUUGACCAAAGUGGCAGCACUGCCGGUCAAUUUUAAAAAAAUCCAUCAUGGCCACUUGUUGUGGUUACGGGAUGUCCCAAACUUUAAUCAUGUUUGUUCUUUAAAUACGUCCUUUUCUAUGAUGGAAGAAGAUGAAAUAUUGAUGUCGGAGAAGCAAGAAAAGAUCAUCGAAGAGCUUUGUAUUAGCAAUGGUGUUAACUAUGACAAGCUGAAGGAUGGCUGCGGCAAAAGGGUCAAGCGUCUGGAGAUGUUUUUCUCAGGAUUUCCUGAAAUUGUCGGCAUGUUGUAUUUUCCCAACCUCGUUAUUCUGCGCCUUGUUGGACAAGACACCCUCGAGAGACUCGAGGGAUUGGACAAUCUUGUUCAUCUGGAAGAAUUGUGGAUAUGUGAGGCUAGUGUCCAGGAGAUUUGUGGUCUCGGCAAUUGUGGGAAGAUGAGAAAGCUGUACUUGUAUGACAAUUCCAUCUCGAAAAUAAACAAUUUGUCAGUGUUGAAACAGCUUGAAGUUCUCUGGCUUAAUGACAACAAGAUUGAACUAAUUGAGGGUUUGGACAACUUGAUUUAUUUGAGAGAACUCAAUCUAUCCAACAACAAAAUAUCUCAAAUUGGCAACUCACUGGAAAAGCUCUGCAAUCUUGAAAUCCUUCAUAUUUCUGGCAACAAAAUCCGACUCUUAAAGGAUAUAAACAAUCUGAUUCAAUUGCGAAGCUUGCAUACACUGAGUUUAAAAGAUCCGGUUUAUGGCGCGAAUCCUGUCGCGACCGUGUGCAAUUAUUCCACGUAUAUUUUUUAUCAUUUACCACAAAUUAUGCGUCUUGAUGGCUAUGACGUUGAUAAUGAAUCAGUCAAAAGCCUCGCUGUGACAACAGUUAAAAAGAAAAAGAUGUACUACAAUAUGCGUGUGAAAACAUUAGAAAGAAACAUGAGCAACUUGUUAAAACAAGUUGAAGUAGAGAAAACUCGUUUGGAAGAGAGGCCAGCUUUAAGGAUACGAAAUUUAUCAAACAUCCUUCGAACUCUUGAACGAGAGUUAGAAAGUACGUCAGCUUCUCAAUCUAUCGACGAAAAUAAAACCACUGCUGCUUCCAAGCACCAGCAUGAACUACAACAGGAAAGUUACCAGGAAUUGGUGAAGGCUAAGACACUGAACUUCAUAGAUCGUAUUCGUGAACUGGAGUCUGCUUGCGACGAGAUUAAUAAGUGCUCUUUGGAAAGCCGUCAGCAAGUGGAGAAGAUUUCUCAGUCAACAAUUCAGAGAUUGGUUCUUGAACUGGAAACUGGUGGAAAUGUUCGCUUCGAAGAUGGAACUGUAAACGACGUGUGGUAUACAUCGUGUCACGAUUUGGUUUUAUCCAGAUUUUGUGCAAACGACUUCAAGGCAUACGACAUCACUGGCAUUAAAAUUCACCGAAUCACUCGUGUACACAAUCGAGUACUUCGUGUUGCAUUCGAUGAAAAGGUCUCCGCGUUUCUUGCGAAGAAUGGCGACCCUGAUGCCGCUGAACAAAAAGACAUGUACGCAAGUUCCAUAGAAUAUCUCUUCACUUCCUGGACGGCAGCACUAAACUCCAAAGACGGCUUACUUCGGCUUUUGGAUGGAGGAUGUCAGGAGAUAGCAGGGGACGAGGUAAAUGGGAUUCGUCUGUCGAACAACGUUUUCAAUAGUGACCGCAAGAGACUGGAAUUUUUACAAGAGCAAGCUGCGGAAGAAAACACGAAUGAUCUUUGUCCUUACAGACACGGUCAAAUUGUGAUUGCCAAAGUAUUUAUUGCCAACACGGAGAUGGCAAAAAAAGAUGAAAGCUGUUUGUCGGGCGUCAAUUUUCCCAAAGAAAAUUCCACUCCAGGCCCCUGCACUGCGAACGACGAGGCUAACGAGUAUAUUCGAACGUUUACGAAGGUUUCCGAUCCUUCUUGCGAUUGUCAUACGAAGCAAAGUGAUUGGGUAAUACACGACGGUGAUUUUGUCUUACCCGAGUAUGUUGUUGAUUUCGAAUAUCUCACCAAGAUGAAGCCACUAUCCUCCCUAAUUUGUUACUAUGGUACGGCGUCACGUGACUGUAACGAUCCUCCUUGCGAUGACAUCAUCGAUCCAGAUUCGGACAUUUUAGACAUGGAACCCCUUGUACAGCCAAAACCCCGAUUGCUAGAGCUUUCGGAAGAUAUUUUAUUGAAAUACUGCUCCGUUGAUUGCACGAAGAAUAUAACAACGCUGAACCUUCACGACUCUGGUUUGACUCGACUGAAAAAUAUCAACCAUCUUGCGAAUUUGAAAAAGCUGGUCGUCUCGUUCAACAGUUUAACCAAACUGGACGAUAUUACAAGCAUGCCUAAUUUGAGCUCAUUGGAUGCAAGUUUCAACUGCCUGACAACCUUGGAUGGACUAAAGGCAUGCCCGGUAUUGACUGGUCUCGAUGUAAGUUGGAAUAGCUUGCAUCACGUUCGGGACGAAAUCGGAACACUUCGUAAAAACACGACAAGCUUGAUAUCGUUCAAUUCACGCCAUAAUCCUUGGCUAAGGCCCGACAACUUCCGGUCGUAUACCAUCGGUCGGCUUCGGACACUUCAAGUUUUGGAUGGUCAAUUCAUCACCGAACAAGAGCAUGCCUUUGCAUUGCGGCUUGCUGCUUCCUCACGAAUCACAUCGUUCACAAUUCUCGCUCAUUCGCGAACGAAUGUCGAUCGUUUACGAUCAUUGACCCUCGCUUCGACGGCCGCAAUCCUCUUAAAAUACAGCAAGAGUAAGCCGAUUGUGUUGGAUGAAGAUGAUACGAACUGGAUGAAGAAUGUUACCACCUUACAAUUGGAUGGUCAGGGAAUUUCGAAACUUUCAAAUUUGGAGAAACUGUCACAUUUGCGAUGGGCGUCCUUUAAAGAUAACAAUAUAAGCAGAAUUGAGGGCUUGGAAUCGUGUGUGAUGUUGGAAGAGCUUACAUUGUCAAGAAAUUGUAUAUCAAAAAUUGACGGUUUAUCAAAGCUUACGAAUCUUUUGCGUCUUGAUCUUGGCUAUAAUGAUAUUACGUUGUUAGAAGUUAACACGAUGGAAAGUUUGACAAACUUAGAAUAUCUGUCAGUGGAGGGAAACUCAAUUCUUUCUGUACAAGGUCUUAAGAAAUGCCUCUCUCUUCAAGAGCUUUUCGCUGGAAAUAACAAAGUCUCAAACACGCGAGAAAUUUUUUAUUUGAAGGGGUUGCAGAAUUUAGAUAUCCUAGACUUGAGUGGAAAUCCGACAGCCUCGAAUAAUGAAAGUCAUCGGCUAUUUGUGAUUUAUCAUCUGUCAUUUCUGAAGGCUUUAAAUGGCGUGGCUGUGACUGCAGCUGAACGCUCUUCAGCAAAAGAAACGCUGGGUGGAAGAAUGACGAUGGACUUCGUUGCGGAACGUUUAGGCCACGCAAACUUCGCGGAUUUACAAGAAAUCGAUCUUCCCCAUUGCGAACUCCGAACAAUCGAUGUAGGAAAUGGUGAUGUGUUCAGAAACUUAAGGAGUAUCAAUUUGGAGCACAAUAACCUAACGUCUUUUGGUGGUCUAAUUCAUCUGGUUAACCUCAAGGUACUGUGUUUAAACCACAACAAGAUUGAAUCUGUUUUUCCCAAACGCAAGACAACAUCUCCAAGCAACAAGAAAGGGCCACCUGUGGCUCAUUCGUCUGAUGACGUCACGUCUCCACAGUGUUUUACUCCAGUGUUGGAGAAACUUGAAGUACUUCAUUUAGGAUACAACGGUAUUUCUAAUCUCAAAGCAUUACAUCUGUCAAGGAUACCAAAUAUAAAAGCUCUCUUCCUGCAAGGAAACGAAAUUUCAAAAGUCGAAGGCAUUCAAGGUUUACAAGAACUCAGAGAGUUGGUUUUAGAUCAGAAUAAAAUUAAGACACUCUCCGAGACCUCGUUUAUUGGUCAACGCAGACUUCAAGAACUUCACAUUGAAGAUAACAGAUUGAGAGAUUUAUCUAAUUUCGAACCAUUGGUCAACCUUCAGAGAUUAUAUUUAGGAAUGAAUAAAAUUCAGGAACUUCCAGAAUUACAUAAAUUGGAAAGAAUGACAAACCUUUUUGAGAUCUCCCUCAUUAGCAACCCGAUAACACGACGGCUCAUGCACCGCCCAAUCUUAGUAUAUCGUCAACCAAAUAUACUGUGUAUUGAUGGUAUUCCAGUCACUAACGACGAACGAUCCAAGGCAGAGGUGUAUUUAAUGGAUCACCAGUUGGGUUCUGUUGUCAAUCCAGAAAUCGCAGAAUCGCAUCACAACUUGCCAAAUUUACAGACAAAACCACAAGCCCCUCUCAAGGUAACGACGGUACAAUUGAGUACAUCGACGGAAAACGGUUGGAGUAUUGGGCAGAGAUUUGGCCAAGUGGAAUAUGUGGAGAGCCUUACUCCUCACUCGAGAUAUAACGAAAAAAACGAUCCCAGAGCCAAGCUUCGUGCUUCAAAUUCUUACCCACCACAACAUAUUCCGUCUUCGUAUGACGUCACACGUCACGGUCGUCACCACCCCCCUUCGUCGUCUACCAUUCACCUCGCCAAACCUCAAGGACACCUGCCUCAUGCGGGUUCGUACGUCUUGCGAGGCAAUUCAAAUUCCAAUUUCCCUCAGCCGCCGAAGCCCAAGUGAUGAAAAGAUUUGGCAAGAAAAUUCUUUUCUCUGGCAAAAGCAAUGGAAGAAGACAUGGAAGAGAACAUACAGAAAGGAAUUUUUUUAGAAAUUGAGGCCCAUUUAGCACAUUCUCGUGAGUUUGAUUCUGUUGAAUGGCUUGAUAAAGGUGCUUUUGGUUUCGUUGUCAAAGCCAAGCGCAGGAAAGAUGGAAUAUCACACGCCAUUAAAAUAAUCCAGAUGAGCGAAGAAGGGAAAAGAGUAAAAUAUCAAAGGCGAGAACUUGAGGCUCUAACGAAUGUCAAGCGGUUGGGAAUAGAAAGACGGAAUAUAAUUCAAUAUCACAAUUUCUGGAAAGUAAAAGUAAGUGGCGCUGAUUACCUUUGCAUCCAAAUGGAAUUGUGUUUGACUAGUUUGUGGGAUUUUGUCUUCGAAAACGAGAUGGGCGGCCCAAAAAUCAUCCAACAAGAUGGCCCACCACGGUUUUAUCAACAGGUAUUUCAACAAGUUUUAAGUGGUCUUUCUUUUAUCCAUGCCAUGGGCUGGGUUCAUCGCGAUAUUCAUCCGAAAAACAUUCUCAUCGUUAACCCAAGUCCGAAAGAAGUAGGUGAUAUACGCAUUAAGAUCGCCGAUUUUGGACUUGCAAGGGAGAUUAAAACUGAUGACGAACAAAUACAGGAGCUUACAGUUAUUAAUAAACUUGAAAAAGUGUCUCCUUUAACAGUGAGUGGAUAUUUUCAUGCACCAGAGCUUAAGACUGAUUCAUACGACUUUAAAAUAGAUGUUUACAGCGCUGGAUUAGUGCUAUAUUUUAUUAGCCGUUACCAUAAGGAUAGACAAAGCGUUCUUAUGGAAAUACAAGACUUGAGGAAAGGUAACUUGCAAGUCGAUGAAAAUUUGUAUCACAAGGAUGACAAAAUCUUAAGCGCUCUGAUAAAGAAUUUAACUCAGAAGGAUCCAGUUGCGCGUCACAGCGCUUGCAAGGCCGAAGAUUUUAUGUUUCCUAAAGCGAGAAUUUCAACCAAUUCUUGCGAGUUUGAAUUCUUAGCGAGGAAACAGGAAGAAGAAGACCUAAGUCUGUGCACCAUGAAUGAAUUGACGUUGUCAGAAAUGGCAGAAGCCAUUGAACAUCAUACCCGUGUCCCGAAACGCCGGCAAACUCUACGACAAGAGCGUAUGGUGAAUGGCGUGGCGAAGCGUAUCAAAAUAGAAUAUGAUAAAGAUGUGAAAAACAUUUUCCACGUCGCGGCUAAACACGGACAAGAAGUUGUGGUAGUUGUAAGCGAGAACGAAGAGGUCGAAAUGACUGACAUCUCGACCGAACCAAUGUCGGUGUGAGUGCUGGAGAUACGAAUACUUCUGCCUCGGCGACGAACAUUGACAACACUGUUGACUGAACAUUUCAAAUUCGUGACACUUCUCUGCACUGAAGCAUAAAAUUCGUUCUAAUAACCUUAAUCUAA